AUGCUGCUAUCGAGACCCCCGGCCGCCGUGUCCCUCAUGCUGGUGCUUGUCGUGUUCCUGUCGACUGCCAGCGCCGCCUUUAUCCGCUUCGAGAACUGCCUCGACCCUGGCAUCAUACACAACACUCCGAAACAACUCCAAUUCACGCCCUACUUCUUCAGCGCCCGCUUCAACACCUCGAGCGACACCCACAACCUCAACAUCACAAUCUACGGAAAUGUUUCGGGUCAGGCGACACAAGGCACCCUCCCAGCUUGGAACAACGAGACAUACUGGAACAACCCCAACGAAACCUUUGGCAAAAUUGUCGAUCUCAGCACUUCCAACAAUAAAUAUUCGACCCUUUUCGCCAAGUCUCAGGUCGUGACGUAUACCCCUUGGCAGGCCCAGCCUGCUCGCUUUUGUGACGCCGUGGUCAACGCUUCCUGUCCCAUUGGCCCCUCCUUCGACGCGGACCGGUCGGAUCCAUAUGACCUACCCGCUUUUACUGUGGCUCACGACUUCUUCAGCACAUAUGCCUUCACUACUUUAGCCACGACUGUACGCGUGCAGUCUGGAGACAAGGAUGCACCAGAUCUAGCUUGUGUUUCGGCCAAUAUCACUCCAGACCUUGGCAGCACCAUUUCCAACGCACUUCGCUACUUGCCGGCUGCCAUCCUGAUUAUGGUUGGGGCUGCCACGGUUUUUGCCGCCAUAUUCAGCCCCUGGGGCUCGUCUGAUCCAUUCAGAUGGACGAGUAACUACGGCCGCGAUGAGGACCUGCUGCGUCUAGUGACCCCUGGAUUCGGAGACUGCUUAGCGUACAUUCAAUUCAUCGUCCUCGCUGGAAGCCUCAAUUUAAACUAUCCGGGAUACUACCAGCCGGUUGUCAGCAAGGCCAGCUGGUCGACGCUUCUCUUCAACGCGAGUCUGGUAACACCAGGAGACCUCAGCUACAACAGCCUCGUAGAUGGGAUGUAUGUGGUUAAUGGGACUUACGGCCUGUCCAGACUAGCGGAAUUGAUCGGUAUCGCGAAGGACCAGGACAUUUGGGCCAACAUGGCCAUCUGGUACGUAGGGAUCACAGUCGGAGCAGUGCUGGCGUGUCAACUAUGUUUUAUGCUCCGCUGGGCCUAUCGCUUCUUGUCGAAUAUUCAAGAAGAGGAUUUGCGCAGCAAAAAUCUCCCCUUCUCCACAGGUGUGGUGGUGCGCAUGACCUUCAACUUCUUCCUCUUACCGAUCAUUGCCAUCUCGUUUUUCCAGUUGGUUGUUGCGGAUGAAUCGCCUGCGUCUGUUGUUGCGAUGGCUGUCAUUCUCUUGGCCGCGGUGAUGGGACUUGCAGCGUGGAUUUUUCGACUAAUCUUCACGACCAAACCACGUGCACAUCUUUUCGACGACCUCCCGACUGUUUUAACGUACGGCCCUCUCUACAACACAUAUUCCGAUGAUGCGGCGCCCUUCGCUUUUAUACCGGUCUUGCUGGCUUUCAUCCGCGGUGUAGCGAUCGGUGCUAUCCAACCUUCCGGGAUUGCUCAGAUCAUUAUUCUGGCCAUCUGCGAAGUCAUCUACAUCCUGACGCUCCAUGCAUUCCGUCCGUUCCAGGCCCCGACAUCUAUGAACGCAUAUCACACGUUCUUCUCGGUAGUCAGGCUCAUCACGACACUCUUAAGCGUGGCUUUCGUGCCGAAUCUUGGUGUGUCGGAAGAUUCAAAGGGAUGGAUAGGAUACAUUAACCUUUUUCUACAUGCCAUUGUUCUGGUAUUUGGGUUCUUCUUGAACUCGAUCCAGACAAUCAUCGAAGUCACAGCUAGAUUGGCCGGAGCCGGCGAUGCCAGAGGAGGACUCACCAAGGUCUUUGGCAAGAGGCAACUGUCACGUCGCUCUCACCGUCGUCAACAGGGAAGCAGUAUCAAUUCCAACGCAGCUAUGCUCGCAGCAGACAGAGAGUCCAAGCUAGGAAGUCGUUCACGCAGUUUGUCCGCUAGCUCUGCCGUGCUUCUCAGCCGCCACCCUGGAAUGGACAGCCGGAUGAGUGGCGGUUUUGAUCACUUCAGCUCUGGUGGAGAGAUGAGCAAUUACGGCGGCACAAGUCCGGAACCAGGCACGCCCGGCGGUUCUGCAACUCCAUACACAUUCCUGCCAAGCGGGAGCGCAUCAGCAGGCUCGCGUAGACCGACCUUGGGCUCGCGCGGAUUGGACGCCCAGGAUCCGUAUUACCGGCCGCCAAGGACGAAGAGGGCAACGCCCGAGGCAUACGUUCCGGGCGCGCGCAGCCGGCAGUCAGGGAGCAGCGCUGACUGGGCUAACAAACCUUACGACGAUCCCGCGGACCAUGCAGAGGCAGGCGAUUUGACAUCUUUCUCUCCGAACCGAGGAAGCCUCACCCCCGCCUACUUGCGAACUCAUAGGGAUGAUUCAGACCCUGACAUUCUGGGACCACGGAGACCUCGGACAGACUACGCCGUAAGGGAAUCCGACUUUUAUUACGGUGUGACUCGGGGGCCACCUUUGGCUGAAGGCGUACCUACCCGAAAGCUCAAGACGGGCCCUGCGGAUCCUAUGGGACCAGUAUCGUCAGCGGGCGGAUGGUUGAAGGGUCUGUUCGGUGGCAAGCGCAAAGAGAAGGGCAAGGGGUUCGAAGUUGUUCGGAGCACAAGAGCACCGCAAUUGUUAGCACUCGAAGAGGACGACGAACACUCGCCUGAAGCUCAUCACGAACCGUAUCGCGACAAUCCCGAUACGCAAGCCGGGGCGCGACGGGGGUCAGCCACAACGGAUAGUUCAGGAGAGGAUGGGAUAGAGAUGGCCCGACGCGACUCGAGAGAUUCGCGUGAUUCGGACGAUAGCAGUGAGGACGACCAGCUCAUUGACGACGGAGAUUCACUUGACUCAGGAAGGCAAAGAGUGUCGGAAGUGCCUCCCUCGCUAGGGCCCAUCGAGACGGGAGGGGGGAUCGAGCUGCCGAGCCGGGUUGGAUCCAAGGCCAGCUCAAAGGUCUCAAAGGUGGGAUCGCUAGGAAGGGCACCGAGCAUCCCGCGGAAGAGCUCCAAGCGCAACUCGGGCCAUGAAGGCACGUUUCUCAAAGAAGGGUCGCGGCUAUCAACAAUCGAGCAAGGGCAGGCGGCAGGUGAUUACCUACGACCGACGACGAACGAAUCAGUACCGCGCCUUCCUUUCGGAUCGUCAGAGCCGUCUCCUUCGCCAGAGCGGUCAGCGGCGUCAAGCAUCCGUGGCGACGGCUCUCAAGGCGCAGCAGCUGGAGGGGUAAUGGCAAGAAGCGCGUCAGAUGCGGAACGGCCACUGAGCACUGGAUACGUGCAUCAGCACAAGACAUCGGAACACAUCCAGCCAGGGCUCAAUGACUCGACACACUUGGGGAGUGCAGCUGAAUUUGUGCACACGCCGCUGGGCAGCCGGAGCAGCAGGCGCAGUGAAGAGUAG